AUGGUUUUUCCAGACCCUGGGGCGUCUUCAAUUUCUGUGACUGUCCGAGUUCGACCUUUCACAAUCAAUGAAGCUGCCCAGAUAACUAAGAGAGACGACGGAACUCUCUUUCUCGGCGAUGGCUCUCUCGCUGGAGCACCAACACCUAAGCUUGGGCAGAAAGGUAUCCGACCUGUCGUCAAAGUUAUUGACGACAAAUGCCUAAUAUUCGAUCCACCGGAAGACAACCCAGUAACACGAUUCUCUCGAUCAGUAGUUUCAUCCAUGGGGAAAAGAGUAAAGGAUCAAACAUUUGGCUUUGACAGAGUGUUCGACGAAAAUACUACACAGGCUGAGGUUUACGAGUCGACAGCUAGAAGUCUACUGGAUAGUGUACUUGAUGGAUACAACGCGACAGUAUUUGCAUAUGGUGCAACAGGGUGUGGCAAAACCCACACAAUAACAGGAACAGCUCAGCAGCCAGGAAUUAUAUUCCUAACUAUGCAGGAACUUUUCGAAAAGAUUGCUGAGAGAAGUGAUGAAAAGCACACUGAGGUAUCUUUAUCUUAUCUCGAAAUUUACAACGAAACUAUCCGUGAUUUACUUGUUCCAGGAGGCAGCAAGCAGGGAUUGAUGCUCCGUGAAGAUGCGAAUCAGGCCGUUUCAGUAGCUGGACUUUCGAGUCACCACCCCCAAGAUGUACAGCAGGUUAUGGACAUGAUUGUCUCCGGAAAUGAAUACCGAACUGUAUCACCGACAGCUGCAAACGCUACAUCUUCGCGCUCUCAUGCUGUGUUGCAAAUAAAUGUAGCCCAGAAAGAUCGAAAUGCCGAUGUCAAUGAGCCACACACCAUGGCCACUCUUAGUAUAAUCGAUCUCGCAGGUAGCGAACGUGCAAGCGCCACCAAAAACAGAGGAGAGCGCCUACUCGAAGGAGCAAACAUUAACAAAUCGCUGUUAGCUCUCGGAAGCUGUAUUAACGCGCUUUGUGACCCACGAAAAAGGAACCACGUCCCCUACAGAAAUUCAAAGCUUACUCGACUUUUAAAGUUUUCACUAGGUGGCAACUGUAAAACUGUGAUGAUUGUUUGUGUCAGUCCAUCUAGUGCUCAUUUUGACGAGACGCAGAACACCUUGCGCUACGCCAAUCGGGCCAAAAACAUUCAGACAAAAGUCACCAGAAACGUCUACAACGUCAACAGACACGUAAAAGACUUCCUUGUGAAGAUUGAUGAGCAAAUGGCUAUGAUAAAUGAGCUCAAAGCACAGCAAAAAGAAUCCGAAACGAUUGCAUUCUCCAAAUUCAAGAAACAAACCGAAAAGCGGGAUAGUAUUGCAAGGGAAGGCGUAGCACGUAUCCGUGCAGCCUAUGAACACUCAGCCUCAGAGAGGCACGAGAAGCUACAAAAUAGUAAAAGACUUCGUCAAAUUGAAAGAAGGAUAUGUUUGCUGUCAGCCUGGGUUGGUGCUUUUGAAGAUGUCUGCGCCUCUCGAGAAGACGAGGGUAUGGCGCCUAAUUUAGUUUCUAUGCGAAAAACAGCGGCUAGCAUUAUCGUGGAUUUGGAGAGUAGUAGGCAACAUUAUCAACAACUUCUUACUAAAACUAAUUGGGAACGAGCUGUCGACUCAGCCUACCAAAACAGCAUUCGCAUGCUUUCAGAAGCUGGAGAAUGCGCUAAUGGGCCUGACAACUCUAUGCUAGCACGAGAAACAGAACUUCUUAAGUACAAUGCCGAACUUGAAGUUGCCAACGAACUGCUCAGUUUGGAGAAAGAUUCUGAUAGAUAUGAAACGCGAGCACUUCUAACAGCACAAGUCGAAACUAUUGCCUCUCUUCAUGAUAUCCUCGGCAUGAGUGAAGAUGAAGCGAUCUCUCACGCAAGAUCUAUUCUCGGGCGUCUUCUCCAAAGUUCCAGUACCACAUUGUCCAAUAUUAUCAAGCCUGACGGAUCAUUUAAGAUAACUGACGCUCUACCUCCUUCAAAACGAGGAACCCCUAAACGAAAAAAACAUACCAGAAUUUCUGAUUAUAAAAAUGCGCCAGCUCCCAUUAUGCAAGCGUUGGCUGCUGCUGCGCCCCAUGUAUAUUCUUCACCUGUCAAAUUUUCUCCGAGACGAAAGAAGGUCGGCUUAUGUAAAAAGAGUGUAUCUUUCACCCCAAAGAAAAAAUCACCAUCAAAACGUUGUGUGCGAUGGCGAGACGAUACUGAAACUGGAACCCUGACGGAGUUUGAAAAGACCCCACAAAAACUGCCAAUGACUCCCGAGGAUCCAAACAUCGAAGAGUCUUACUCGCUUCCAGCUCUACCAACGUCCCCAACUGCCAACGCUCAAGUUAUCGACAACGACCCCCUGAGCUCUUCUCCAAUACCUGCAGCUCCCAUACCAUCUAUUGAAAUAAAAUCAAGAAACCGUUUUCAGGCUGGCUUCUUGUCAAGAAAGUCAGGCGGACACUCACCAACUUCCAUUCCCCAGUACUCGAACGAGAUUUCUCCCCUGCAAGACAUAGACGCAUGCAAUAUCGGUAACCGACCUUUACAAGGAAAUGUUCAGAAAUCAUUUUCAGAUGGCUCGCCCAACGAAUGUGAACAAAGCUCAGGAUCAGAAGCCGAAAACAGUAGUCGUCUGAUAGACCAAUCUGAUGCCUUGAAAGUUGGAAAGAAGCUUAAGCGCACAGGCUCCCUAUCCCGAGCUGGAAGAAGCUAUGAUUUAAAUCGCACCGCUCGUCGUAGAAGUCCCACUGCAGUUUCAUCAACGGCUUCAUCUCCUCCAAAUGAAAACACACUUUUUACAGCGGGCCACGCUAGACGAAUGGUUUCCAGCCAAAGAGAACCAGCUCUACAUUCAAACGUCCUGAGUCCACGUGUCGCAUCUAUAACUAAGUAUGGUCGGCGUCUAACUGUCGAUGCUGGAAACCCUCGGACCGUCAGCGCUAGCUUAGCGGGUGGUCCGAUACGAGUACCUUCUCUCAACGCCACCACUUUCGGCAAUAUUUCUAAGGUAAGAGUUAGUGCUAUUGGUGACAAGAGCAUAAGCGGAUGGCGAUAA